GGCGGGAGGGCCGGGCGCGUGUCCGCGGCGCCGUGACUCGGCGGCUCCGCAGCGGCUGCAGCGGGAGGACCCGGCCGGAGCCGCCGCCAUCGCAGCCGGGCCCCGCCGCCCCCGCCCCAGCCCGGCCCCGCCGCCGUCCCCGGCCCGGCCCCGCCGCUGCAGCUACCGCCGCCGCGGAGAUGCUGAGGAGCCGGGGCCGCCGCGCCCUCGGGCCGGGCCGGAGCCGGAGCCGGAGCGGGAGCCGGAGCCGCUGGCUGCCCGCGCUCUGCUGUUUGUUGGGCGCCGUGCGGGCGGCGGCGGGGGCCGGGGCCGGGGCCGGGGCCAGGGCCAAGGAAGAGGCGGCGGCGGCGGGGGCAGGGGCGGCCCACGAGGCGUCCUUUGCGGGCCAGAGCUGGUUAAAGUCUUACGGCUAUCUGCUUCCCUAUGAUGCCCGGGUACCCUCGAUGCCCUCAGGGAAAGUCUUGCAGUCAGCGGUCACCACUAUGCAGCAGUUUUAUGGGAUUCCUGUCACAGGAGUGUUGGAUCAGACAACAAUCGAGUGGAUGAAGAAGCCUCGCUGUGGUGUCCCCGAUCACCCCCACCUGAGCCGCCGGCUCAGGAACAAGCGCUAUGCACUGACGGGGCAGAAGUGGAGGCAGAAACACAUCACCUACAGCAUUCACAACUACACCCCCAAAGUAGGCGAGCUGGACACACGGAAGGCCAUCCGCCAGGCCUUUGACGUUUGGCAGAAGGUCACUCCGCUGACAUUUGAGGAAGUUCCCUACCACGAGAUUAAAAGUGACCGCAAGGAAGCAGACAUCAUGAUUUUCUUUGCCUCUGGUUUCCAUGGUGACAGCUCCCCCUUUGAUGGUGAAGGGGGAUUCCUAGCUCAUGCCUACUUCCCUGGCCCUGGGAUUGGUGGAGACACUCACUUUGACUCUGAUGAGCCUUGGACAUUGGGGAACGCCAACCAUGAUGGGAACGACCUCUUCCUGGUAGCUGUGCAUGAGCUGGGCCACGCAUUGGGACUGGAACAUUCUAAUGACCCCAGUGCCAUCAUGGCCCCUUUCUAUCAGUACAUGGAGACGCACAGCUUCAAGCUGCCCCAGGAUGACCUGCAGGGAAUUCAGAAGAUCUAUGGUCCUCCUGCUGAGCCUCUGGAGCCCACACGACCCCUCCCUACACUCCCUGCCCGGCGGAUCCACUCCCCAGAGAGGAAACAUGAGCGUCAGCCUAGGCCCCCAAGGCCACCAUUGGGAGACCGGCCGUCCACCCCGGGUACAAAGCCCAAUAUCUGUGAUGGCAACUUCAACACUGUGGCUCUCUUCCGGGGCGAGAUGUUUGUGUUCAAGGACCGCUGGUUUUGGCGUCUGCGGAAUAAUCGUGUUCAGGAGGGCUACCCCAUGCAAAUCGAGCAGUUCUGGAAGGGGUUACCAGCUCGCAUUGAUGCUGCCUAUGAGAGGUCUGAUGGGCGAUUUGUCUUCUUCAAAGGUGACAAAUACUGGGUCUUCAAGGAGGUGACUGUGGAGCCUGGAUACCCUCACAGCCUGGGAGAGCUGGGUACCUGCUUGCCCCGGGAAGGCAUAGACACAGCCCUACGCUGGGAGCCUGUGGGCAAGACCUACUUUUUCAAAGGGGAAUGGUAUUGGCGCUACAAUGAGGAGAGACGGGCGACUGACCCUGGAUACCCCAAACCUAUCACUGUGUGGAAGGGCAUCCCCCAAUCCCCUCAGGGGGCCUUCAUCAGCAAAGAAGGCUAUUACACCUAUUUCUACAAGGGCCGGGACUACUGGAAAUUUGAUAAUCAGAAGCUGAGUGUGGAACCCGGUUACCCCCGCUCCAUCCUGCGGGACUGGAUGGGCUGUAAUCAGAAGGAGGUGGAGAAAAGGAAGGAGCGUCGCAGGCCCCAGGACGACGUGGACAUCAUGGUUACCAUAGAUGAUGUGCCCAGUACGGUGAAUGCCGUGGCCGUCAUCAUCCCUUGUACCCUCUCCCUCUGCAUCCUUGUCCUUGUCUACACCAUCUUCCAGUUUAAGAACAAGGGGGCACAACAGCAGGUUACCUACUACAAACGGCCAGUCCAGGAGUGGGUAUGACCAGCACAUCCUUGCCCCGCCAGCCGGGGCAUCCUUGCCGGGGCCUGAGAGAGGGCAGGGACCUUACUCCCAGGACUCAGAGGAACAGGGGAGCACCACAAAGGCCCCGACCAAGAGGCACAAGCAAUAGGUUUAUACCUCCAGCCUAAAGCUUGGCCCUUGGAAACCAUUUGGUCAGAGAGGAGUGGUAAAAAUCAGUCAGAGCUGAUCCCCAAACAUUGGUCCUCACCUGGACCCUUUGGAUGCCUUUAAUCCAAAGGAAAAGGCAAAAGAUAACCUUUGCUGAGAGGAGCUUUGUGGGGGGAGGAGGUCUCUGCUCUUGCUGCCUCAUACCUGUCCCUCAUUCCCAGAGGCUGGAACCCCAAUUAUUAGGGGCCUCUCCUGGGACUUCCAAAGGCCCUCUGAGCACAGUUCACCUGGGAGAAACCAGCAUUUGCUCCCUAACGGCUGCCUGGGCCUGUCAUUCCUCUCCUGAGGGACCCAACUCUAGGUGUGCCUGGGUAUGGCAGGGCCUCAUGAUCUUAGGGUGAGGAUUAAGGCCUGAGGCAGGAUCAGCUGCCUCCUUUCUGCGCCAAACCUGGGCACUGUCUGGCUACCGACUCCUAACACCUGCUGGUCAGAUGUUUGUAACUGAUCAUGGAUCACGGAGCCUGUGUGGCCAUGGAGGCAAGGCUGUCUGCGGGCAAGGAAGAUGUUUUUUGUGACCUCUCCCCAGACCCACACAGGUUCCUCAAAAAACUGGUUUCUCCUGGGCCAAUGAGAGGCAGGGGCCUCUUGUGCUCAGGGAGAGCCUAUGAUCCAGCCUCAGAUCUGCUGGACUUUGCUCUCAUGUCACAAAUAUUUAAAUGUCCCGUUACUACUGUUUUAAUCCCCAUUUGUCAGAAGUGAUUCCCUGAGGACUUGGGAAGCUGUUUGUUCAUCUCACUCCAAUGUACACCAGUAUAAGAGCCUCGACCCCAGAGCAUCAAGGCCAAGGUCCCACUAAGAUGAGUGAAACCAGGUAGUACCUUGGUGGCCCUAGAGAACAGAAAUGGAUCAAAAGUGAGGGGAUGAGCUUCUUUGGGGGUCCAGAAACCUUUGGACAACAACUGUUAGAGCCCCUUGGGACUUGGGUCACAGGGAUGGAGAGCUAGGUUCACUCCUUGCUAAGAACUUAGGGCCAUGGGAGAGACACUGAAGGCCAAGAGCCAGAAAGAUACCUAACCUUGGAUGGUUGGAAGGAAUGUGGAUGCCCCAGAAUUUUCUUAACUCCCAUCCCCACACUGCUCUGCCCCUUCCCACUUUUACUUCUGGCUCCUUUCUGUGUGGUCCCUAUCACUAUCCCAAACCCCAACCCCAUCAGCCUCUCACAUCUUUCCAUUUCUCAUUGCCAAAAGAGGUAACUUGUAUAGCAGUAGCGAGCGCUAGAUUUGAAGUCAAGGAGCCUGAGUUUGAAUCUUGAGUGCUACUUUCUUACUGUGUGACUUUAGGUAAGGACACUUCUCAUCUCAAUUUCUAUUUCCUCACUUGUAAAAUGAGAGGGUUGGUCAUGACUUCUAAAGUCCCUUGCAGCUCUAAAUCAUUGAGUGUGUGAUCUUCCUCCCACUCCCAUCCUGAUCCCCAUCUCCUCCCUACUCCUUACCUAUGCAGGUCCCCUUUCUGUUCUUGGCCCUGGGCUAUACCUAGAGUUAAGGGGGAAGGGAGCACAUGGAGCUACUACACUGCCACUUCCCAGUUAUUCCAGCGAUUCCUCUGUUGCAGGGCCCUUGUCCCUCAGCCAUUUCAAUAAUUCACCUGUUGAAAAGCUCUAUCCCAUUCCCACCCAGCCAUCCCCAAGGGACUGCCUGAAAUUCCUGGCUUCAUUGAAACUAGUCAGGAUAAGUCCAGUGAACAGAAGUGUCCAUUAAGCAGGAAGACCUGAGGGACUUUCAGCUUUCUUCUAUCUUCAGAACACAUGAUUGAGCCCACUUCCUGUUUGUUUGCUUCCUUCUCUCACAAUGGACAUCAUGUACCCUGAAUGCCUCUCUGCUUUCAGGCCAGGAUGCCCAGUUUAGAAUAAACCAGCCCCUGAAAAGUUGGAUUUGUAGAAUAGACUUGGGAGGCAAGUCUUUAUUUUGUAAAAGGGAGUUCCCUAGGAUUGCAAUAUUUCCUCGUAACUUUUAAAAUGAGAUUCUGGAAGUUACACAUGACUUUUCCUGAAAAGAGAGCUUGUGCAUCAGAGAUGGAAGGGAUUUCAUAGAUUGUAUUCAAUUUUCUCAUGGUAAAUUGAGGUUCAGAGAAGGGUCACAUAGUGAAGUAGGAUAGGAUCCAAAUGACUAGUGCAAAAUGUGAGGUUUUCCACUUUCCAGAUGUUCAGUAACCUCUCUGCCCAACCAUUCAUAGCUCUUCUUUGGAUUCAUCCACUUUUCCUGGGCUGGACACCCUCUUUCCCUAAUACCCUUCAUAGUCUCUCCACAGUGCUUCAUUGAUAGAUCUGAAAUUUGGGUUCCUCAGGCAGCCUGGGUUGGGUCUCUCUCCAUGGCAAUCGGGUUCCUUUAUUUCCAUUACAAAUUUAAGCUAUUUGUAUCAGUAGCAUUUUAGCACCAAGGUUAUGUAAUCUGAAUUUAGCAACCUUUGAGCUAAGCCAACACAAAAUCCUGGGGAUAUUCUUUUUCUGGAAUACAUACACCCAGAUCCAUAACUUGGUAUCCUGAUACUUGGGGCAAAUUUAUCUAAGAAGGGUGAAUAGGCAUGACACAUACUGAUCCUAGAAUAAACUGACCUAUAUAGGGUUGCUUUGGGGGGAUGGCAGCUACUCCCUCUCCAGACCUUUAUUGGCCCAUGACCCAUGAUUUCAAUCACAAAGGUACAGGUCAGUGGAUCCCUUCAAGGCAAAGUCAGGAGAGUUCCUGACUACUGUAAGGAGAAACGUUCUCUUCUAUUCUCUCCCCACCUCCUCAUCCACAUUUGUACUGGUACAAAGCCAUGGCUGUCCUAGGUAAUGAUCUCUGGAGACUCAGAGGUAUAGAUUGACUGGGGCUGCCCU